GCUCUAUAGUGACAGGCACGGGGAGGAUGCUGGCUUAUAGCACAUGGUAUUCCCCAUCCCUGGAAAUGUCCGAGGCCAGGUUGGAUGGAAUUUGUACCAGCCUGGGAUAGUGGAAGGUGGCCCUGCUUCUGGCAGGGUGUUGUAAUACGAUGAGCUUUAAGGUCCCUUCCAACCCAAACUGUUGUGUGAUUCCAUGAUCUUCCAGCCUGCACAGUCCUUGAGCAUACAGUGCCUAGUUCCUACUUUGUGACUGUGUGGAAGGGUGGAUCCCUUGGGUUGCUUGAGCCUCUCUUUAAGAAGGGAUGAAGUUUAAGUGAGGAUGUGAACCUAAACCUAGAAACAUAGAUUGUUCAUGAUACUCUAGAUUUUUUUGUACGAGUAUUUGUAUUGUACAUAUAUAUGUACAAAUCGAUACUAGCAUUAGUAUUAAUUUGUAUUAUUACUUUUUGUACUAGUUUGAGACACUGUGGCUGGAGUGCUUGAGAGAUGCUUGACUAUCUUAAUUUUAUUUAGUGUAGCAGAUCACUCAUAUUCCAGGAAGUCCUUGUAUACAGUGGUUUAACUCUGUUUUUUAAAAACUGGGGAUGAGAGUAGCCCCUGUUCUGUGCAGGUUGAACAAAUUCUUUGUAGGUCUGAAAAACAUGUUUUGUUGCAGCUGAAACAGCUUGAAAAUCUGUGUCUAAAUAGCUGAUUGGAACAUUUGUGGUUUGUUAAAAGUCUUUGUAGGAUACCCGAGUUACUGGUGGAGCCAGGGUGCUCCAGAGGCAUUUAAAGACCUCUACAGUUCAUGAACGGUGCUGCUGUUAGAAUUCUAGUGGUUAGAAUUUGCUUGCAUGCAGAGAGUGUGGAUAAAAUAAUAAAACAAAUUAAAGUUUUUAAUAGAUAAUUAUGUACACUGUGUAAAUUGUGUAAGGCAUGGAGUCUGCUAUGCAGGGAAAGCUGCUAGGAAGCUGAACUCCACCAUCUGCUGUUUGAUUGUUGGCAUGUGAAACUGAAUUUAUCACCAUAAUGUGUUGCCCUUUGUAGCUCACAAGUUUCAGGCUCCCCAGGGAUGUAGGCCCUACAGAGUUCAAGGAGCAGCUGAAUGAUGCUCUAGGUCACAUAGUUUAGUUUUAGGUGGUCCUUUAGGUGGUGAGGAGCAGGGAGUUUUACUCUGUGAUCCUUAUGGGUGCCUUCCAACCUGAGGUAUUCCAUAAUCCUGUGUGACAAAGUUGACUUAAUUAUGCAGCUCUACAGGGUUUGGGUUCCUUAGGACUGCACAGAGAAACUCAGAAGCUGUUGGCAGUGGCAGCAGGGCCUGGGGAAGAUGACCACUCUCACACGGCAGGACCUUAACUUUGGGCAAGUUGUUGCAGAUGUUCUUUCAGAAUUCCUGGAAGUGGCUGUUCACCUCAUCUUGUACGUCAGAGAAGUUUAUCCUAUUGGGAUCUUCCAGAAGAGGAAGAAAUACAAUGUACCUGUCCAGAUGUCCUGCCACCCAGAGCUGAACCAGUACAUCCAGGACACGCUGCACUGUGUAAAGCCACUGCUGGAGAAGAACGAUGUGGAGAAAGUUGUGGUUGUGAUCCUGGAUAAAGAGCACCACCCCGUGGAGAGAUUUGUCUUUGAGAUCACCCAGCCACCUCUUCUUUCCAUUAGUUCUGAGUCCCUGCUGUCCCACGUGGAGCAGUUACUGCGUGCCUUCAUCCUGAAAAUCAGCGUUUGUGAUGCCGUGCUGGACAACAACCCCCCAGGUUGCACCUUCACAGUUCUGGUUCACACACGGGAGGCUGCCACACGCAACAUGGAAAAGAUCCAGGUGAUAAAGGACUUCCCUUGGAUCCUCGCUGAUGAGCAAGAUGUGCAUAUGCACGACCCCCGGCUUAUUCCCCUGAAAACCAUGACAUCUGACAUCUUAAAGAUGCAGCUGUACGUAGAAGAGCGAGCUCACAAAGGCACCUGAUUUUAAAUCUUCCUUGCCUUCAAGCUUCAUCUGAUCUUCCAGUGGAGUAAGAUCUGUCACAAACUGUAUCUUGAUAACCAUCUCUUCAGCUGGCCUUCUGGGUGAAUGUAGAGCAGCUGCUGCCUCUUUGUUUUAAGUGCUCUUACCAUUGUAUAAAGAACUGACUUGGGAUGGGGAGCCAGAGCCUGUUCCCAUGUUGACUUGUGUGAGAGUACAGGAGUUGAUACAGUGCAUCCCUGGGGAGUCAGUGCUUUAUUACCAGUCCAGUUCUCACCUGAAAAGGGCAGCUCCAUUGCACACAGGCAGUGACAGACAGCAAGGAGCUGUCACACAAUCCAUGAAAGCAACAUUUCUGCUAAGGGGGAGUGAGGCCUUAUGUAGUGUCUGUCCACUGUGAAUAUUCCAAUUAGUCUUCAAUAAAUAUUAAGUUUUACCCCAGUUGAACUGGGCUGAGUUCUGUCAAAA